AUGAGAAUACUGAUAUAAAGUAAUUGUAAUUACUUAAUAAAAUAGAAGAAGAUCCAUAAGUAAAUAAUUAUUUAAAUUAAAUAUUAAAUAGAAAACACCAAGUUUAAAGAUUUAAUGUAAUAAACAUGGAAAAGAAAUUAUUAUGUUUAACUUGAAUCCUUAAAAAACUGAAUUGUCUAUUUUGGCCUGUGUUGAAUGUAUAUAAUCAAAUGAUCCAAUCAAAUAUGGAUAGGUGGAUACACCAAAAAAAUAAGGAGACUUUAGUAGAUAAAUGGUUUCACUGGAUGUCGUUUGUAAUAAAUGUUAUCUUGGAAUGCAAGCCAUGAAGUUACACAGUCAACUAAAAUUCUGCUAUAGGCAACUUCUGUAUAAGUUGAGGAAUUUUAUAAAAGGUAAAUGAGCAGUUUUAUAGAAGGUAAAAUGUAUUUCAUGCAGAUUCAAGAAUAAUACAAUUUUCAAUACAAAAAACCAACAGGGGAAUGGAAAAAAGGUAUAAAAGACUAAACGAUGAGGCAUAAGUAAAGCAUUAGGAAAGGAAUAGCUAGGUUACCUGGAAAUUAUAACCCUUAUGUGGAGUAUAGAGUACCUAUUAAUAGUACAACCUUAGCUAGUUAUGCAGCAAAGAUUCUCUGUAUUAGAAAAGGAAUUUAGAUUUUAAAAAGUUUUGCACAAUAGCAAUGUCUGCUGAAAAAUUGUAUCAAUUCAGAUGGCUAUCGAAACAUUUACGAAUAUUAAUCUCAAUAUCUACAAUAUUCCUAAUACUAGGGAGGUGAUGUAGACAUUAUUUUAAGAGAACAAACGUGUGAAAGCAAUAGAUAGCUACUUCUGAAGUUGAAUGAAAUAUAGCACGUGUUUUGUUAAACCUCAUCUCAAGAAGCAAAAUCCAAUAAGAAUCUUGGGAACACUAUUCAGGAGUAUUUUUAGGAAUCCUGA